GCUCCCUUCUCCCUUUUGUUAUUAGUAAGAAUCAUACAGUGUUUGUUAAGGGGAGGGUAAUUGGAGAAAACAUCCUCUUAGCUCAUGAGUUAGUGCAUAAGUAUUCUAAGAAGAAUAUCUCUUCUAGAUCAGCUCUUAAAAUUGACAUUAUGAAAGCAUUUGACUCAGUAAGCUGGCAGUUACUUUGUGUGGUAUUGGAAGCUAUGGGAGUGCCUAUACAGUUUAUCAGUUGGAUCAGGAUGUGUGUAUCUAGUCCAAUGCUUAGUAUUGCUUUUAAUGGGGUCUAGUGGGUUACUUUCCUGCUAAGCAAGGUCUUAGGCAGGGGGACCCCCUCUCCCCAUACUCGUUUGUUGUAGCUAUGGAGGUAUUUUCUUGUCUCUUGGAUUUGGAAGCUGAAAGGGGCAGGUUUCCCUAUCACCCUAUGUGUAAGAGAAUUGGCCUGACUCAUUUAUGCUUUGCUGGCGAUCUGUUGGUUUUUUCUGAUGGGUCUAAUUAUGGAAUUCAGAGUGUACAAAGGGUUCUGAGUGUGUUUCACAAGCUCUCAGGGCUUCAAUCUAACCCUAGCAAGUGUGAAAUAUUUUUUGGAGGGUUGGAGAAGGAGGAGAUGGUAGAAAGAGCUCAAAGGUAUGGGUACCAGCCAGGGGGUUUCCCAGUGCGCUAUCUUGGGGUUCCUCUGGUGGCUGGAAAGCUUACAAUAAAUGCUUGCAAACCUUUCACUAGUAGGGUGCAGGGCCGGAAGGCUAAAUCCUUGAGCUAUGCAGGUAGAGUGGAGCUUGUAGGGUCUGUUCUAUACAGCAUGUCACAAUACUGGAUGAGUGUUUUUAUGCUCCCAAAGGCUGUUAUUCGUGAGGUUGAGAGAAUUUGUAGUAAUUUUCUCUGGUCUGUUGGUCCUGGUCUCAAGCUUAAAGCUAUGAUGGCAUGGAAGUAUCUGGCCAUCCCAAAAAAAGAAGGAGGACAGGGUUUGAGGGAUCUUGUUUCCUGGAAUUAUGCAUGUGUCUACAGGCAGAUAUGGGUGGUUAUGAUGCAGCAAGGCUCACUGUGGGUUGCUUGGAUCCAGGCCUACAAAUUGAAAGGUAGAGAUUUUUGGAAUGUGAAUGUUAGUGGCUCAUGGAACUGGGGGAGUUGCUGAGAGUUAGAAAUAAGCUUCCUAACCUAUUUUGCUGGAAAGACGAAGUGCUGAACUGGGAUGAUAAACCAAUGAUGAGAAACUCCAUAAAGUUGAUCUGGGAAUCUGUUAGGACAAGGCACAGUAAAGUAAGCUGAUAUAAGCUUAUAUGGAAGGGACCUCUGUAGAAUUUGAUAACGCGGAAUUGAAACGAACACAGAACACAAAAGUUUUACGUGGUAUCCUCGAUCGAUUGAUUGAUCGAGACUAAUCCACGGUGAGCUCAUAAGAGCUCACGGCUGAUCUCUUAUUAGGAUUACAUCUUGACGGCUUGCUUACGACAAUCUCGUAGCUAAGCUUAUAUAGAGAUAGACUAGGGAUAAAACCCUAAUGAGAAGAGUCGAGUACGGCUACAUAUCCGUACCUACUACAACUCGGACAAGGCCCAACAAGGCCCAAUACUAACACGGUUUAAGUAACCGCAACACUCCCCCUCAAGCAAAGACAUGAAUGACAAGAAUGUCGAGCUUGAAGAAGUAAAUGUGAAGAACAAGCAUGAUGGCUUGAACCACAAAACUCGAGAUGAAUAAUAUCUCGGACGAGGUUGAUUGGAGACGACUGACUCUCUCUGAACAACCUGAUGAUGGAGACGAUUGACUGCGUCUCUUGAACUUGAACACACCUGGUACAUCGCGGUCGACCUGAUGACUGAGGUAGUCGACCGACGUAUGUUGACCUCCUAUUCUCCCCCUCAAGCUGGAGCAUGAACAUCGUGAAUGCCCGGCUUGAAAAGUGAUGAAUGGUUGAUAUGUGCCCAAUAAUGAACCGGAAGAGGGGACGACCAUUUCUUGGAUCGUGAAAGCCAACUGGACGAUGAAGGGACGAUGACUUCUCUUAUCGUACUACCUUUUGAACGCCAGGGGACGACCAUUUUAUGGACCGUGAAUGCCUCAAUCGAUACGUGACUAUAUGUUGAUGGGUAAAGCCUGCAAAAUGAAUUAGCUACCCAAAAAACUAAUUGGAGAGUCCAUUAAUAAACUCUUACCAAAAGGUGUGGGAGCCCAUAAGGGCUUAGUUCCCCGUUCGAAGUAACUACCACUCCACCGUGGCCUUUUUUUUUUUAGCAUCUGUUGGCCCAAAACAAAUGCAAUUAAAUGGCCCAAUAUCCAUAAGCGGGCCCAUAAAAUUAAGAAACCCUUUGACCUCUCUCCCUCCUCCCGCCGCUUCUGUGCUUCUUCUUCCUAUUUCACCUUUCAUGACAAGACAGUUGCAGAGGAACGGCGAGUAGAGGAGCUCCGACGGCGGGUGCGGCACAGAGAUCGGUGAGGCGGACAAAGAUUGGUGCCGCUUCAACCGCUGUGACUGUGGCGAUUAUUUGACUUUCUUGAUUGAUGGACUAAGGCAUGAACUUGUAGUUGAAGACGACAAGCCGAUGCAAAGGAUGGCAAGAGCACCGCUCUGAUCAUGACGAGGACUCUACUGGUCCAGCUAGACAGGACUGUCAAUGACGCUAGUCGCAAAGAAUUAACCCCCCGGUGGAGAAUGAAACGGGGUGGAUUGCCGGUGAUGGAAGCAAGAUCCGCCGCCUGUUGAUGCACUGGUGGAUUGAUCGGAUUUGAGGCUAGGAUGACUGUAGCUGAAAUUCAGGCUGCUCCUUGACUGACUUCUAGAUUCCAAAGACGUAUCACCGUGGUCUGUUCUUGAAUCCCAGGAAUUCGGGUGAGACUGUUUAACCAAAGCCGUGAACUUCAGGAACUGAGAGGACAAACAUAGUAUUCUGACCUUGACUGUAGAUGCCGAGGGCGCUGAUGGCAAGGACAACGACCAAGACAGAGUUGGAGGCCGGAAUGAACCUCGGCUCUCCUGAUGACAACAACCACGAAUGAUUGGCGAUUGAUGACCCACGGCGGAAUGGACUUCGCCUAGGCCGACUAUGCUCAGCGGAAUAACGUCGCUGAUGAAUA